AUAGAGCGGGACAAGCAUUUAAAAUGCUUGUGCAACGAACUUUGGGAGAAUAGCCACGACUAUGUAUAUGAACAUGUAUGUAUGAACAGUUUUAUACGACAUAAGCAGAAAUGAAACACGUUGAAAGAAUCAUAUAAAAUCCCUUAAUCAGAAGGGACCUGCCCCGUGACAACCAGACGUAUUUAAUUGGUGCUAUCAGAAUGAAUUACUCAACAACCAAAAUGUUCACUGGAACCACCCAGAUGCCGGGUAUCAGUACCUCAGUUACACCGGGAGAUUCAGCAAGUGGUUACUACUUCGUAAUUCUGCGGCCGGUAGGAAUCGUUACCUUCAUCAUCGUCGCGCUCGUCAUCAUCUGCCGAUUCUGGAGGGAGAAAUUUGCGAAGUGUUUUGAUUACAUGCGGCCUGGACAGAACGACUGUAACGGUCUGUCAGGCCGGCGGCAAAGAUGUUGCGAGUGCCUUGCCAAAAUGUUUUCUCCUGGUGUAUCAGCCCAAACGACUUCAGACAGGCGAACAAGUGAUCCAGUCGCACAGACUAUGUGGGACCGAAACGAUCACAUAUCAUUGGGUAUCACAGACAUGCGAGCAGCGGAGCCAACUGGUACUGCAGAACUACCCCCGUCUUAUGAUUCGCUGCGUAGAAGAGGCGAAUUUGAUGUCCCGGGUCCUGUACAGCCAAUGGCACAGCCUCCAAUAACACCCGAGUUUUUGCCCCAACCACCAAGUUACGACGAUGCGACGAAAGAUCAGAAUCGGCCUGAUUUCGUUGUCUGAACUUGUAUUAAAACUGUUCCGAACUGAUGAUCUUGGGUCCGAGCAAAAAGGCCAGUCAGAGAAUUAUCUGUCUGUCUGCCUUAACUAGUGUCAUCAUCUGGAUCAUCACCUGUGUUACAGUGUAUAGCAACACAGAUGUUUGUUUCAAAGACGCACGACAGCUCCUGAACGAUUGGACAGUACGCGAAAUUUGACAACGUCACCUAAACGUGUACGAAUAUCAGGAAGGCGCCUCAAAGAGGUGGAACUAGACUAAGAAUGGCAGAGCAUUGAGCAUUAACUUAUAUGUUCUUAGUAUCAUAUGUAUAAUAUGUAAUUUAUUUAAUUUAAUGAAUAAACCAUUUACAUGUAUAUUCAA